UUAUACGCUCGUAGCUCUGCAGGACUGUGGAGUGGACAAGAUACAUAAUUUAUCAUGGCUAGAUGACGGAUGUAAACAAAAUUGUAAAUAGUUACGACUACGAUUGUCGAGUAUAACAAAAAAUAAUGUGUAUAACUGUAUAAGUAUUAAAUGCAGUGCACUGUGCACAGACUACGAUCGAAUGAUGUCUGUAAAUAAAGGGUGAUGUGCAAAACGUUGGGUUGUCAUUAUGGACACCGAGUCUAUAAGGUCCAUGAGUGAGUACAGUUCCAAAUCCAAAUACAAGAGUCACUCACUAAAAUCUGGUGGUAAUCAUAGAUCUAACAGUUAUAAAAACAAUACUCGAACUGCUCGCAAAUAUUCUGAUAGCUUAAAUAAUCCAUACGAAACAGCUAUGGCACCAUAUCAAACUACUGUGAUGUUAGAUGAUACAAGAGAUGGACAAGAUGUUGUUGAAGUGCAAAUAUUACCUCAAGAUGAAAAUUGGGGUGAAAAUACCACAGCAAUUACUGGUAAUACUUCAGUACAGUCAGGAUCCAUGGAAGAAAUGGGUGCUCUAUGGCCAGAUACUGAGCAAAAAAGUGCUUUUCCAAUAUUGUGCCAUCGUUAUAUAGCUACUACCUUGACUGGGCUUUUGUCUCUAGUCGCUUUUCUUAGUCCAUUAGCUAUGCUAGUUUUACCAAAAUUAGGUGUUUUUAGUCCUGCAGCUACAAAUCUUAGUCCUCAACAAAGAGAAACCCUAUUAAAUUGCGGUGCAGAAUGUAAAGGAGUGUUAGUUUCAUUAGCAUUCAAAAUGUUUUUAUUGGCUGUGGCAUCAUGGGCAAUUUUCCUACGUCCCGUGAAAGCAACCAUGCCCCGCAUUCAUGUUUUUAGAGCAAUCGUCUUAGCAUUAGUGUCAAUUUGUUGUGGUAUUUUUUGGCUUUUCUAUGUAGUUCAAGUCACGGAGGGAGUACGAGCAACAGCUACAGGUGAAGAUUUGCUUGAGUAUCGUGCCUUGGUAUCCUAUUCUUCUUCCCUAUGUGAUUGUCUACUUUGUAUUCAUUAUGUUGCCAUAGUGUUAAUGGAAAUAAGACACCUUCAGCCAGCUUUUUACAUCAAGGUUGUUAGGAGUCCUGAUGGUGAAAGUCGAUCAUAUCCUAUUGGUCAGUUAAGCAUUCAGCGUGCUGCUGUUUGGGUUCUUGAACGAUAUUAUACUGAAUUUUCCAUUUACAAUCCCUACUUGGAGCGUUUACCAGUCUCAAAGUCUAAAAAAAAUGCUUCCAGCUUUAAAUUUUAUGAUAUUGAGGGUAUUGGAAGUAACACGCUCCAAAUGAGUCAGUCCAGAGGCACAAUGAAUGGUCAUGCUAGACGUCGAGACUCAAGUCAUAACGAACGAUUCUAUGAAGAACAUGACUAUGAACGAAGAGUUAAGAAGCGAAGAGCCAGGCUCUUAACAGCUGCCGAAGAAGCAUUCACUCAUGUUAAACGAUCACAUCAUGAUCCUGGUGGUGGUUCUGCCAUGGAUCCAUAUGAAGCUGCUCAAGCUGUUUUCCCAACUAUUGCACGAUCUCUUCAAAAGUAUUUAAGAGUAACUAGGCAACAGCCAAGGCAUACUGUAGAGUCAAUUUUGUCUCACCUUGCUUUAUGUUUAACUCAUGAUGCUUCACCAAAGGCAUUUUUAGAACCUUACUUGAGUGCAUCUCCUGUAUUACAAAAUGAAAAAGAACAAAAAUCACUUCAAUCCUGGUCAUUAAUUUGUAAUGAAUUAUUGACUCGAGCACUCAAAGAUGGAACUGUGUUUCAAUUACGACAAAAUGAUCUUUCACUUUUGUGUACUGUACAUAAGCUUCCCCAUUUUAGUAUUAUCGAAGAAGUUAUCAAUCCAAAAUCAAAUAGAUUUGUUCUUAAGUUAAACUCUGAAACUUCUGUCUAAAUGUUUUAUUAUUUUUAACAUAAAAGUAUUAGACUUGACCGACCAAGAUUCAAUGUAUUUUCUAGUCUUCAAAUUUAAUUGAGUAUAAACUACUUAAUUUUUUAACAGUUUAUUUGGUAUGCCUCAAAAUUAAGUGUAGUAUUUUUUUUCUUAUCAAUUUAGAAUAUAUUAUAUAUAUUUAUUAACAAGUUAUCUCCUUCUAAGUACUUUGGUGGUUUUACAGUGAUUCUAUUUCUAAUGAUUUAGUUUUUGGUUAUAAACUAAUAAACUAAGAAUUGAAAGUGAAUAGUUGUAUUGUCAUGGUAAAAACACUUAAUCAUCUACAAAAUCACUAAGCUUGUCAAAAUAAUAAUUAUCAUUGAACAAUUUCACUGCUGUCAACAAAAAAUAUUAUCAUUAUUUUUACUUAAAAUUUAUGUUUCACUAUCUUUUCUCAGGCAGGAUUUUUUUUUCAACAUUUUCUCAAUUAUCUUUAUAAGUGUUGUACUAUUUAAAAUGAUUACUAUUAGUAGUAUUUGUAGUGAUAAUAAGUUCAUAAGGUACAAUUGAAUUUGUUGUGUGAAAACUUUUAGAUUAUUAUAUAUUUUAUUGUGUAUUGUUCAAUAUCUUAGCAUUAGAUUUAGAAUUUUUAUAACUUGAUUAAAUUUAACGUUUAACUGAUAUUAUACUAUUUUAAAGUCUUGCAUUUUCAUAAAAUACACAAGAAUAAAUUUAGUACACUUACUUUUGGGACAUACCUCAUAUAUAACUAUCAUAGUAUUAGGGCGUUUUGUAUAACACAUCUUAUCUGCUUAUUUUCAACAACUGACUACAUUUAAUUUAUUAAUUAUCUAUCCUAUAUUAUUGUAUGUAUGUAUUUAAUAUAUAAUUGAAUAUCCUACUCAGGUACUGAUUGAUCUGCAUUUUUCUCCUUUAUCUAGAUAAAUUAAUAACAAUUACAUAAUUUAAAUUAGAUAUUCUUCCAUAAUAUUGUUUUUAAUUACAUAAUUUUGAGUAAUUUACAAAAAAAAAUUAUUAUUUCAAAAAGACUGUUGUAUAAAAUAAAAUUAUUUUUUCUAUUGAAAUACCAAUAUUGUAAUAUUUUAAAGCUCAAUUCAUCGGGGCCAUAAACUUAUUUUUUUUAUUACAAUAACAAUAUUGCCAAUAAUAACAUAAUAUUAAACAUUUAUUCCUUGCAAUGUGUCAAGAUAUUUUUAUCACAGUUUUAUUUUCAGUAUUAUUUUGUCAUAAAUUUUAUUACUAUUAUGUUUUAUACUUUGAAGUUUUAUAACUCAUUUAAUUUAGUUAUUUUUUGUUUAUUAACUUUUUAUAUUUUAAAAUAUUUUAAUAAAGAUAAAAAUAUAUUGUAUUUAAUUAGCCUACAUUUAGUACCUGUUUUAUAAAAUUAUUGUGGUACUCAAUAUUGUUUUUGGGCUGAAUGGGUCUCUAUAUGCACAAAAAAUCUAUUCUAAAUUUAUUGAUAAGAUUAUUUUUACUCAAUAUAUGAAUUAAAACCUAGUUAACUAAUGACAUUAUUAUAAUACAUUUUUGUAGUGCAAUUUUUUUUAUUUAUACAUAUUUCAACAUUUGUUUUAUACCAAAUUAUAUUUAAGUUUUAAUUAUAAGUCCCAAAUGUAACGUAUGUAACAUACGUGAUACUUAUGAACUAAUUAAAAACAUAUUAAUGUAACAUGAAAUGUUAAUAUUUUAAUAUGAAAUAUAAAAAAAAGUUUCUAUUAA